AUGAGUUUUUUUAUUCUAUUAUUAUUUUUGACUAAUUCACUCUCAAUUGACUUGGUUCUUCCGUUAUCAGAAAAAGAUUCAAAGAAUUUUAUCAUACUGAAUAAAAGAUCAGUAACUAACCAGCUAUUUCCGUUGGGAGAAUUCUUGUUUGAUAUUAUAUCGUACGAGGGUAAUGGAGAAAUAAUCAGGAAAAUUUUUUACCACGGGGUCCUAAUUUUCCAAGACUUAGAAGAACGUCCAAGUAAUUUCAGAAGAAAAUUAUUAAUUUUAAAUUGUAGGGAAUAUAUAAUUAUAAUUUUGGUUUCAAAGUUGAAUUCAACAACAUACGAACGAGUUUUUUACAUACAAAACGAAUCUAUUCUUGAUAUCAUGAGAGAACCUGGGAGAUUGACUAGCAUUUUAGACGGAACCGAUCAGUCACUUAUAGCUAAAAUAAUCAAAAAUAUCUUAACAAGAGACCCUGCAAAACGUAAGAGCUAUGAUGAUUUGGAUCAAGUAGAUGAUGUGCCCUACCUAAUAAAGGGUAAUGAUAUAUCUCCAGAAAAAACUAAAAAAGAAGUAGAACAAAUUAUUAAUAAUCCAACUAAUGGAUCAGGAAUAAGUGAACAAGAUCUAAAAGAAGCAGGUCCAAGUGAAACAGAUGCAAACGAUGCAGAUGCAAGUCUACUUAGUAGACAAUUUUCAAAUAAACUCAGAAAGGAGGAUUUUAAUCCAAAUUCUGAUUCACAAAAUGAAUAA